AUGUGUACAUUAACCAGGCAUAUGCUUAUUCACACAGGAGAAAAACCUCAUGUGUGUGAGAUAUGUAAAAAGUCAUUUAUAGAAAAGUGCACUUUAAACAGACAUAUACUUAUUCACACAGAAGAGAAACCUCAUGCAUGUGAGGUAUGCAAAAAGUCAUUUAGAGAAAAGUAUAAAUUAAGCAGGCAUAUGCUUAUUCACUUAGGAGAAAAGCCUCAUAUGUGCGAGAUAUGUAAAAAAUUAUUUAGAGAAAAGAGUGCAUUAAACAAGCAUAUUUCUAUUCACACACAAGAGAAACCUCAUAUGUGCGAGAUAUGUAAGAAGUCAUUUAGAGAAAUAUGUAUGUUAAACAAGCAUUUGCUUAUUCACAGAGAGAAAUCUUGUGUUCGUGAAGAACGUAACAUAUCAUUUAGACAGAAGGAUGAUUUAAACAAACAUAUGCUUGUUCAUAUAGGAGAGAAACCUCAUAUCUGUGAGGUAUGUGAAAAGACAUAUAGUGGAAGGUAUAAAUUAAACAGACAUAUGCUUAUUCACAUAGGAGAAAAUCCUUAUGUGUGUGAAGUAUGUAAGAAGUCAUUUAGACAAAAGGCUGGUUUAAAUGGGCAUAUGCUCAUUCACACAGGAGAAAAACCACAUUUAUGUGAAAUAUGUAAUAAGUCCUUUAGAGAAAAGGGUGAUAUUUUAAAGCAUAUGUUUACUCACACAGGAGAAAAACCUCAUGUAUGUAAUGUGUGUAACAAAUUAUUUAGAAGAAAGCAUAACUUGACCAUACAUAUGCUUAUUCAUUCUGGAGAAAAACCCAAUAUAUGUGAGACUUAUUACUGCAAUUCUGCUUGUGGUGAAUGUGUAUUAUGA